GGAACUCUUGCGGCGAUAUAAAAGCCAUUACCUCACUUUAACAUGGUGUCUUUUACCGCCAGCGAUCACACCAUGAAGAUCGUAUUAGCCUUUUUUGGAAUACUAGCUGCCGCCUCGGCUGGCUAUCUCGGCGGGUACGGGCCUGGAUACAUCUUUGAAUACGGUAUCGGCUUAGGGUACGGCAUUGGCGGGUAUAGCCUUGGCUAUGGUCUCGGACACACUGGCUACGGCCUCGGCUAUAAGGAUUUCGGAUAUGGAUAUGGCCUUGGCCUUGGCUACGGUGGCUAUGGUUAUGGUUUUGGGUACGCUCCAGUCGUAAGGACGACCAUCGCUGCCCCUGUCUUUGCCGCGCCUGUUGUCAAAUCAGUGGCUAUUGCUCCCGCUAUCAUACCUGCGAUUACGCCUUUUGCAAAGGUAGCUCCCGUUGUUCCAAUAAAGAGCGCUGCCAUCGUAGCGCACUAUGGGAUCGGAGCUUCCAUGUAUGGUCAUGGAUACGGAGUUAGUCCCGUGCACACAUACGGUCUUGACUUGCUUCACAAGAAGAAGGCGUAAUUAAUAUUAUUGUUAAUUUAAAAUAAAAGAAAAAUACCAACGCUAA